AUGUCCUGGAAGCUCACCAAAAAGCUCAAGGAGACGCAUUUGACGUCGCCCUUGACCACCUUUGGCCGCUCGUCAUCCACGUCCACAAUUAAGGGUGAUUCGAAUGGCGGUGGUGACGAGACACCGGUGGCUCCCCAUGCCCCCAGUGUCAUCUCAACUGCGUCGACAAAUGGGAUCGCUGCCUCGGAGUCGCUCGUCUCUCCCCCCGUUGCGCCCGUCAAGCCAGGCAUCCUUAUUGUGACUCUCCACGAAGGCCAAGGAUUCUCCCUGUCCCCCCACUACCAGCAGAUUUUCAACUCCCACUUCCAAAACAACUCGUAUGCGCCAUCUUCUUUGCGCCCCAGCACCUCCUCAUCUUCACACUCCUCCCACGGGCAAGCGGGCUCGUUCGUGCAGUCCACUCGGCCGCAGUCUACCAGUGGAGGCCUGAACGCUGCCCCGACCAUCCACGGCCGUUACUCCACCAAAUACCUUCCCUACGCCCUUCUUGAUUUCGAAAAGAACCAAGUCUUCGUCGAUGCCGUGUCGGGUACUCCCGAAGCCCCCUUGUGGGCCGGUGACAGCACGGCUUUCAAGUUCGAUGUGUCCCGGAAGACCGAGCUAAACGUGCAGCUGUACCUCCGCAAUCCCACCGCCCGACCUGGCGCCGGUCGCAGUGAGGACAUCUUCUUGGGUGCUACCAAGGUUAACCCACGCUUUGAGGAGGCCGGCCAACCAUACGUGGAGGACCCCAAGCUUAGCAAGAAGGACAACCAAAAGGCUGCUGCCGCUCAUGCGGAACAAGAACGUACCAUGGGCCAACUGGGUGCUGAGUGGCUGGACCUCCAGUUCGGUAGCGGUUCCAUCAAGAUUGGUGUUUCCUUCGUUGAAAACAGACAGCGCAGUCUUAAGAUGGAGGACUUUGACUUGUUGAAGGUCGUCGGCAAGGGUAGUUUCGGCAAGGUCAUGCAGGUCAUGAAGAAAGAUACCGGCCGAAUUUACGCCCUCAAGACCAUCCGCAAGGCUCAUAUCAUCUCCCGAUCCGAAGUUACCCACACCCUUGCAGAGCGAUCCGUGCUGGCACAGAUCAACAAUCCUUUCAUUGUCCCGUUGAAGUUCUCGUUCCAGUCGCCUGAGAAGUUGUACCUUGUUCUCGCAUUCGUCAAUGGUGGAGAGUUGUUCCACCAUCUGCAACGAGAACAACGAUUUGACAUUAACCGCGCCCGGUUCUACACUGCCGAGCUGCUGUGUGCCCUUGAGUGCUUGCACGGUUUCAAGGUUAUCUACCGUGAUCUCAAGCCCGAGAAUAUCCUUCUUGACUAUACCGGCCACAUCGCCCUUUGCGAUUUCGGUCUUUGCAAGUUGGAUAUGAAGGAUGAGGACCGGACAAACACCUUCUGCGGUACUCCUGAGUACCUUGCCCCCGAGCUGCUGCUUGGCAAUGGAUACACGAAGAGUGUCGAUUGGUGGACUCUUGGUGUCUUGCUCUACGAGAUGUUGACGGGCCUGCCGCCAUUCUAUGACGAGAACACCAACGAGAUGUACCGCAAGAUUUUGCAGGAGCCCUUGACCUUCCCCAGCAGUGAUAUUGUCCCCCCAGCUGCUCGGGAUCUUCUUACCCGCCUGCUCGACCGCGAUCCUCAGCGUCGUCUCGGUGCCAACGGUGCCGCAGAGAUCAAGUCGCACCACUUCUUCGCUAACAUUGACUGGCGCAAACUGCUUCAGCGGAAGUAUGAGCCUAGCUUCCGUCCCAAUGUGGUGGACGCUCGUGACACCGAAAACUUUGAUAAGGAAUUCACUGGAGAGAUGCCCCAGGACUCCUAUGUCGAAGGUCCCGCCCUAUCCUCCACCAUGCAACAACAGUUCGCCGGAUGGUCUUACAACCGUCCAGUGGCUGGUCUUGGCGAUGCCGGCGGCAGUGUCAAGGAUCCUUCUUUUGGCAGCAUCCCGGAGUGA